AUGGGAAACAAAUUAUCAGCAUGCAGUUGUGCGCCUUUGAAACGAGGCUACCGCGACGACGAAUCCCCAUGGCAGACAGGUGGAAGAAGUAGCGGCAGCCACAGGGGAGAUUCUGCCCACUUGCUCAGGUGCGGAAGCGUAAUAGAAAAGAAGAGAUUGUGGGCUGAAGUUUUUCACGUAAGUGCGGCUGGACAAACAGGUCUUGUCAAAUGGCAGCAAGUUUCAGAGGAUCUUGUGCCCGUGAAUAUUCGCUGUCUUUCGGAUUCCCCUGAAAUGGUCUUCCAUAUUACCGCCUACAAUAGUCAAGUUGACAAGAUCCUAGAUGUACGACUGGUCCAACCAGGUACAAGAAUCGGCCAAGCAUCAGAAUGCUUUAUCUACUGGAAAGACUCAAUGACCAAUGAUACAUGGGGUCUAAACUUUACCUCUCCAAUAGACGCUAAACAGUUCAAAGACUGCUGCUCACCCUCGACGAAAACACCCCGCAAAGCGCCUUCUUCGUAUUCCCUGAAGCUGGAGCCUCCCAACAAGCAAAAGGUCAAAACACGGAUGAAACCUCUUUCUACACCAGCUUCUCCUAGUCGAACAAAAGCUCCGCAGUGCACUUGCAUGGUUCCUGAGCAACUGAGAAUUUCACGGACUCGAGACCAGAGAUUUUCAGCAGGUCCUUGCGGCCCCGUGUCGUUACCUAGAAACAUGGUACUGAACCCCCGUUCCGGGGAUGUAGAGAUGACGCCUGGACGUGACAAGAUAGGUAACAACGCAACAUCCAGCGUUUCACUUUACGACAAUGUCAAUAAUACUACCGAUACACCAGGUAAAACAUCCAAGUACGGUGAUACGUCAAGGCACAUCAGUAAAGACAAACAACUACAGAAUGAAACAUGCCAGACAACGCCCAAAACUGUUAACGUUGCUACUGGCACAGCUACUGUUGGUUCACAGAUUGAUAGUCCAGAUGACAAAGGUACAACGAUAUCACCUAAAAAAGGAAUAAAGCGUCAAGACAGUGCGACACAAAAUGGGAGUGAGUCUCUGAAGUCAGAAAGCAUACAAGUAGGGGGUACAUUAGGUAGCAAAUUUCGUAAAGAACAAUUACACCACACAAAAUCAGCAGACUACACGGAGUACGAAAUGCAAAAUGGUAAUUUCUUCAACAUCGUUAAUAACAACAGCAAUCAUGGGAGUAGAAAAUCCAAGAGUAAGAGUACGGACGAUAUGAGAAUUGAAAAUGCUCAAAACGGCGGUAUUAGCCUUGAUCCGAAUACAUUGAAACGGAUGCUCAAACCAAUGUCAAGUAUUGACAGUCCAGCAACUUCACCAGAAAUGACGAGAAAACGUCAUCCUCAUGCUCACACUCAUCACUAUUAUCAUCCGAAUAAUAAUAAUCAGAGGUACAUACAUUCCGAACCGGAAAAUGAUAAUUAUGCUCAUCCAUACAGAAGCCCCUAUAAUAAUAAAUUUCAAGGAUCAAGAAGUGUUCAUGAAAUGACUCGUCAAUACUCUACUGAACUGGCAGAAAAUAUUCCGAUGAAUGUUCAACGCACCCCGCACGCAUCGCGCAAGCGUCCAAAUUCCAACAAAUCAUCGACGCUGCCGCUGUCCUAUCGCUAUUCAAACGACCGGCAAAAUAGCAAGGAUCGCGACGGAUACUACAGCGAUCGCAAUGAAAUUAUAAGGGAGAAGCGAGAACGCGAAGCUGUCGAACGAGAAGGAUAUCUCAGUGAUUACAACUCUAAGUAUGAACCCAACGUAUCGCAAAGAUGUACCAGCUGCAUCGGAGAAUCAGCUAGAGCUCAAUGGUUCCGACACUCAGAUGGAUGGCGAUCUGGUAGCUCAACACUAGGAUCAGCAGCCUCUAAUUCUAUAAAUCUUAGUUAUGACCGUGGACACAAGCGAGAAUCGCCUUGGGAGUCAUUGCCCUCGUUGCGACAGGAAAAUAGUCUCAAUGACAGUGGCUACAGUGGAACAUUUGAUCGACAAGACAGUGUAAGAUCAGAUUACAUGUCUGAUAGAGACAGCAGAUAUGGAAUUGUGCAACAAGCAUCCUUGGAAAGUACAGACUCAAGACUCUGCUACUUGACGUCGUCAGAGAUGUCAGAUGACGACCGUAUGUCACUAACAACAGCGGUAAGCGAUGAUGACGACGGAGAGAGUGUUAUGAAUUCACCUUACCGCGGGAAGCAAACUGGUACUGCAGCUGCUUCAUUUAACUGCACCGGAGCAGUGCGAAAAGCUGGUUAUCUCAGCGUUAAAAAAUGGUUGCUGCGCAAAAAGCAUCAAAUUGAAUUGGCGAGGAAACGCGGUUGGAAGGGCUACUGGGUAUGUCUGAAGGGUACAACCCUAUUGUUUUAUCCCUGUGAGUCCCAAGAAAGCCGAGCUGUUGAGACUGCUCCGAAGCACCUUAUUAUAGUGGAUGGAGCGAUAAUGCAACCGAUUCCGGAGCACCCUAAGCGAGAUUACAUAUUCUGUUUAAGUACUGCAUUUGGAGACGCUUACUUGUUUCAGGCUCCGUGUCAAGUGGAACUCGAGAACUGGGUGAAUAGCAUUCACUCAGCCUGUGCCGCGGCUUUUGCCCGACACCGUGGUAAAACUGGUACUUUACAUUUACUACAGGAGGAAAUUUUCCGGUUGGAAAAAGCCAUUGAGUCGGAUUACAAAUUGAAGCACAUGGCUGAUCUUCAGCAAUCCGUUGUCUCUGACAUUGAAACUAAGCAGGAGAUUAGUAACCAGAUUGUUCAAUGGGAAGAGAAUCUCGAGCGUCUUCACUGCGAGCAAUUCCGUUUGAGAUGUUAUAUGGCAAGUUUGCAGAGUGGAGAAUUACCCAAUCCGAAGAGUUUACUAACUCAUGUAUCAAGAGCAACAAAGCAAACCCUGAACAAACUUGGCGUAUUCACAGUGUCCUCUUUCCAUGCAUUUAUUUGCGCCCGAAGCCCGUCCUUGCUCAAUAAUUUGUUAGCUGGCCGCGGUGCUACUAAGCGAAGACCUCCACUUUUGUCAAGAUCAAAUAGUGGAUCUAGUCGUAGGUCUCUGCAAAUGUCCUCGAGGGAUGACGAGAAGAGCGUUAAAGUUUCAGUGCCCGAAAACCAAUUUGUAUCAGUUUUCCUCCGCGAAGGAAUGACAGUCGAGGAGUUCUUGGCAAAUGCCUGCAGCAGAAAAGGUCUCAAUCCAAUGGAGCAUUUCGUCCGAGUGAAGAAACGACGUGAAAUGGAAGACCAUAAUUACUUUGUGCCUCACAGGACAGAUACAAUUGAAACUUACCUACACACCCACGAAGUAGUCGAGGUCUGUGCAAAAAUACUUUAUCAAGUAGAACUUCAGCGAAAUACUCUCGAUCAAAUGUGGGGCUUCUCCGUCGAGGCGGAACUUAUAGAAAAUUCAGAUCGACAGGACGAACUCUGUUGUUACGUCAGUCGUGUCGAGGAUAAAAGCGUAGCCAUGCAAAAUGGUAUUAUUAAAAGCGAUGAAAUUAUGGUAAUAAAUGGAGCAAUAGUAAGCGAUCUGGAUAUGAUGUACUUGGAGAGUGUACUCCAAGAAGAAUUAGCUUUAUGCAUGAUGAUGCGGUCAUCCAGAACAGAGCCACCAGACGUUACACCGGGUAUUGUGAGAGUAACCGAUGAUAUUGAAAGCCUGGUAUGUCCACCACCGCCUACAGAUCCGCCAGUUAUCAGUGAAGAAAUGAUUUCCGGGCUGAUUGUUCCAGCCGUACCAGGAUGGAGCAAAGAGAGUGGUGGUGGUGGUUAUAUUAUGCACGACGGUGCCUUUACAAUGAAAGAUUGUAUUUCUGGUUCUCAAUUAGAAAAUAACAAGCAGACGUCACGAACAAAUUCGUUUGAGAUUGAAAAUUUAUUGAAGACUGCUGAACAAGUUACUGGAAUCUGUCGCUCACCCAGCGAAACACGUAAAUCUAGUCCUACUGGCAGUGUCGUAAGCUCUCAUUCCCAAGUAUUAACGCCGAGCCGACAGCUCAGUGAUGCGGAAAAACUUAAAAAAGUUAUUUGCGAGCUCAUCGAUACUGAACGUACUUACGUAAAGAAUCUUAAUAAUUUAUUAGAAAAUUAUCUGGAGCCACUGAAACGAGAAACAUUCUUGUCAAAUGCCGAAAUAAACGCACUGUUCGGUAACAUACAAGAAAUUGUAACAUUUCAAAGGCAAUUUUUGCAAAAUCUUGAUCAUGCUAUUGAAAUGGAGGCUGAUUUUAAUAACUUCGACCAUUCAAGUCAAUUUAAGGGUGUCCUAUUUUCUAUUGGAAGUGCCUUUUUAUAUUACGUGAAUCACUUCAAAUUAUAUAGCUCGUUCUGUGCCAGUCACUCAAAGGCUCAAAAAGUUUUACAUCCAAACGAAGGAAAUCAAGCACUACAAGAAUUUUUACAAGCAAGAAAUCCACGACAGCAACAUUCAUCAACUUUGGAAUCUUAUUUAAUUAAACCUAUUCAAAGGAUACUAAAGUACCCUUUGCUCUUACAACAAUUGAAAAAUCUUACUGAUGAAAGGAGCGAAGAACACCAACAUUUAACCGAGGCAUUGAAGGGAAUGGAAAAAGUAGCCGAGCAUAUUAACGAAAUGCAAAGAAUUCAUGAAGAGUAUGGCGCAAUAUUCGAUCAUUUAUUCCGACAACAUCAAAAAUCAUGCAAGCAGCCAAUUGAUUUGAGCCCCGGCGAUUUACUUUACUACGGCGGCGUGGAGUGGCUGAAUAUAUCAGACUUCUUGGGUAAAAUAAAGAAAGGACUGGAGCUUCAUGCAAUGUGCUUUGUAUUCAAAUCCGCGGUUGUAUUUUUAUGCAAAGAGCGAUUGCGACAGAAGAAAAAGCUUAUGGGCGUCUCGACUAAAACGAAUUCCAGCGAAGUGGAAAUAAUUCGUUACCAAGUACUUAUUCCAGUGACUGAGGUACAGGUGCGCGCCAGCUCAGCCAAGGACAUGGAGUCUCAUUUCCUGUGGGAAUUGAUUCACUUAAGAAGUCAAUUACAGAGGCGAUCGGAAAAAGUUUACGUUUUAUCCAACAGCACGACAGAAUUCAGAAAUGCAUUUUUGAAAACAAUCCGCCAGAUAAUCCGCGAAUCGGUUCGAAAUAUGAGUAUACCAUCAACAAAACCGAACAUAACUCAACCGCCGAUGACAAUGGCCCCGCGGAUGUCUACCGGGCACGUGGAAAAAUUCGAUAAAGUCCAGAAUCAAGGUCUGAAUGGCGGAACCCCGUGCAAUUCUGGCGGAGCGACUGGGACACUUUCGAAGAAAGCGAACAAGCAGCAGAUCCUGUCAAACACCCUGAACUCGCGGAGAAAGCACAGUCAUCCAAAAUCCUCGGUUGAACACGAGAGCUCCGAGGACAGAGAUUGCGAUGACAUUCCUAUCCAACAAAUUUCAUUCCGUACUCGUAGCAAAACCAUCAGUGAUACCUCAGGUGAAGUAAAGAUUGAUAUGGAUUCAGGAACAAAGUCUGAGGGUGAGGAGGACUCCCAGGCUUUUUUAGGCGAGAAGAAGACCAAUUUGGGGCGAACUCCUAACCACCUGACGUUGAGUACCACCUCGACCAUCUCCGCUGGUAGCACUGGCAGCCAGGCGAGACUUAUUCAAUCGUCACACCAGCCCGAGAACUAUCAGCCUAUUUCAGUUAAAGAGCUGGGUAAGAGGCGUGCUAGGUUGCCUAAAAGAGUUAAAAAUUUUGAUCCGUACAGUGAAUUGCCGGUUCACCAAUUUGGAAGCCGCGGGAACUACCGUCACUCGGGGAAGCCACAACAUUGCCGCGAAAGGAUUUUAUUAUUACUUAUAAUUAUAACUAUUUUAACAAUAAUAGAUUAG